CGCAUAAUCCGCUCCAUGGGACUGCACCCUUACUCUUGAAGUUCACUGCGGUAACCUCUGCGUUUCGUCAGUUCCAUCACUCUUGGACCUUGGUCACUCUGUCACUCUUUCCGCGACUUCUCGAGUGACGGGUCAUCUUCCAAAGCAGGCGUAAACGGAAGUUGCGACAGUUACUACGAUGUUGUCCUGGAUGCAGGAGGCAGUGAAAAUGAAUCCGUUCUCGUCGCCGUUUACAACAGCUAAGUGUCAGGCACUGGAAAAAAAAUCUGGAGAUUUAGCUGCCGUUCGGCCGCUUCCGAAUCGCCCUGCUGCCGCCGCCGCCGAGGAAGGUGAUAGCUGCGAAUUUGGAUCGAAUCAGUAUUUUAUCUUAUGUGGUAUUGGAGGAAUUUUGUCAUGUGGCAUCACUCACACCGGAAUCACCCCCUUGGAUUUAGUCAAAUGCCGAAUUCAAGUGGAUCCUCAAAAAUACAAAUCAGUGUUCAGUGGAUUUCGAGUGACUUACGCCGAAGAUGGCCCUCGAGGAUUAGUGAAAGGCUGGGCGCCUACUUUCUUCGGAUAUUCGAUUCAGGGAAUGUUCAAAUUUGGUCUUUAUGAGGUUUUCAAAGUUUAUUACUCGGCAUUGGCCGGUGAAGAACUUUCCUAUGAAUACAGAACCAGUUUGUAUUUGAUAUCGUCAGCUUCAGCUGAAUUCUUUGCAGAUAUUGGCUUAGCGCCAUUUGAAGCCGCCAAGGUCAGGAUACAAACACAGCCAGGGUAUGCUAAUACUUUACGACAAGCACUACCAAAGAUGUAUGCAGAUGAAGGCCUUACCAGUUUCUACAAGGGUUUGGUGCCGUUAUGGCUGCGUCAAAUCCCAUAUACGAUGAUGAAAUUUGCUUGCUUCGAGCGUACUCUCGAACUUCUAUAUAAACACGUAGUACCCAAACCUCGGUCAGACUGCAGUAAAGGCGAGCAGCUAGUGGUCACAUUUGCAGCUGGAUACAUUGCUGGUGUAUUCUGCGCUAUUGUAUCUCAUCCCGCUGAUACGGUGGUGUCAAAAUUGAACCAGGAAAAGGGGGCAUCUGCAGGCGAAGUUUUGAAAAAGCUUGGCUUCGCCGGUAUGUGGAAAGGCCUCGGACCGAGGAUCGUUAUGAUUGGUACCCUGACUGGGGCACAGUGGUUCAUCUAUGAUGCCGUCAAGGUUUGGUUACGUAUGCCCCGUCCACCACCACCUGAGAUGCCGGAAUCUCUCAAGAAGAAACAUGGUCUGACAUAAGCGUAGCGUAAACGAAAUGGGCCGACCGGAUUGUCGGUUAGAAAAAGAGACGCGCAUAAAUCAGUUUCAAUUUGAUCUUUAUAUCGUGCAUUAUUAAUGCACGAUGUCUCAUUUUAUUUUGGUGAUAAUAUUUAUUCUUCAGCAUUAUACAACAAGCAUCAACGGGCAACACUGCCGCAAGAUUAGAAAAAACAAUUGUGUCUUACAAAUAGAAAAUAUAGAAUGCUAAUUGUAUUAGUUUCGUAAUUGUCAGAAGCAUAGUAAAUUUAAUUCAUAAUAGCAACGGUUUAUCCAGUGUAAUCCGUAAGCUGCCAUGUUGUACAUAAGGUGAUCGCUACAAAUAAACAGGCCGAUUACUCAAU